CUACGUCGUGAACUUACUUAUAAAUCGUAGUUAUCUCCCCUUUUCAUGGCACUGUCAUGAACGAAAGAAUUAGCGACUUUGGCAAUACAGCUGCGAUUUGAUGGAUUCCUGCUGUCUACAGAUAUGGUCGAAACGGCUACCGAAAUUCUAUCGAUUGCUGUCUUGAGGUGCCGGAGGAGUUUUCAGAACAAGCUUUGUCUCACCUUAGAGGAGGCGGAGGAGGAGGAAGAAAGAUGAUGAUAUAAACAAAAGUCAUUGGACUAUGCUGGGGCACCAGUUUGGAAGGCAUAUCGACCCCAGUACUAAUUCUUAACUCUGUUGAUCAAGAAAUAAAGCAGCAGUUAUAAGCAACCAACUUUCCUGAGGAGUUUGACUGGAAAAAAACAAAAAACAAACACAAAUCAGUGUUAUUACUGCAGCAACUACGCAGUGUGGUCAGAUCACAAACCAAGGCAGCAACUAAUUUAUUAAUUUUGUAAAAUGUUAGAACCUGUUCACAGCAUGAGAGGGAAGCUGCCAUCACUUCACCGGAUUGGUAAAACGAAAUGCAUUGAUGAGGAUGAACCGCCACCAAUCCAUGAUCUCAGUUUUGAUCCAGUUCCAUUUGCACUUCUUGAAGAUAAUCGCUUUGAUGUCAGCGAUGCAGAAGAAACACUUCGAGCUCUACGGAGAGCAUUCCGUAUAGUUUGUCCUGGAAGACAUGCUUGCAAACGAUCAUUUGAUCAUUCUGGCUUGAACAUCACACAUUGUCGUGAUGGUGUUGGGCUGGGGAAAUAUUAUCUUCAGCUCCAAAAGAUUAUGGAGAAGAGGGCUUGGCUAGAAUUUACUCAUGAUUGGAUGUACCGAGUGAAAUCCACUUUGCUUUUCAUACAAGAACUUGAAUCCAUGGUUUAUACUGAAUACUGCACACUGUAUGAUAUUAUGCAUAAUAACCAAUUACCACAGGACAUUGAGAGCAAACUUUGUGGUUUGAAUUCGAUCUGUGAAGAUUUGCGAGUGCACAGCAACCACUGGAACAGUAUCCAACAGAGAAUCCGAACACAGCAAUGGAUGCAGCCGUUGCUAAGUAGCGUUUACUCAGAGUUGAAAAUGUUAAAGAAAGUAUUUUUUCAGCUACAGGAUGCUACAAUAUGGUGGAUUCACAAAUUAAUUGAAAUUGGUCUUGUAGUAUUUUCUCACUCUCAGAUGAGCCAUGUUUCAAAUGAAGUAUUUUGGAGUGUUGCUCGUGGUCUGGAAGACUUCAAUUCUAUUGUCACAAGUGCCAAGCUGAAUGCCUUUCAUGACAAUGAAAGUAUAAUAUUCAAGGACCCUAAUCUAAUGGCUAUGUGGAACAGUAUUAUGAUAAAUUCUAAAUUUCACAAUUUAUCUUCCCUCAUUACUAUAUCACCCAUUUCUUUGAAUCACAUUUUGAAUUGUUUCGCAAACCAAAGGUCGCGCUAUGCCACUUUUGACACACAUCGAUUUCUAACAAAAAGUGAUGAAUUCAUCGACAACUUAGAUACAGGCAUACUUCCAGGGUUUGUCUGGAAUGAUUUGUCUGCCAAUAUCAUGAGUGCAGUGUCAUCUGAGUCCUUUGAACAUCAAAUUGGUAAUGGCAGUGCAAGUUUGAGCACUGUCAUAUUAAAUGUGAACCCCUUAAAAGCUCCUGAUCUUUCUGUUUUAAUGUCCCCACUGACUGACUUCGUCAGAAGGGAACAAGAUUUCGCUGAAAAAUUUCUAAGUGUCAUAUGCAAUUCAACAAAUUUUUUACGUUAUGAUAAUACAAAUAAUUCUUCAACAAAGGACAACAAAAGUGUUACUACAAACCGGUUGACAGCUCGCAGGUUUUCUGGUACGCCGGUUCUCUCCAGAACAGAUUCACGUCGUAAGACUGUUUCCUGGGGUGACACUGCAAAUUCUUCUAUCAAAUCUCAAUUAGUUACUACUUAUUUAGAGAAUAUAUGGGAGAACUUUGGUAAAAAUUUUGAACACCUUAUAUACGAACCAGCCUGGAAUGGUGAGAGAAGUUUAAUGAGGACAGAUGUCGGUUCCUUAUUUCUGGUUAACGACGCAUUAGUAUUAAUGUUAUGUCGAAUGAUUUAUCAUGGCAUCGUUAAAGAUCUUUUCCCAUCUGGCUCAGUUAUACCACUGCAAAUAUUGGCACAGAAAAUUCACACAAUUGCUGCAAUUGGAUGCUGGGAUAACUGUGUUUGUAAAGUUGAAGGUUUAAGGACAGUGGAUAAAUGUUAUCCCUGUCCGUUAGGUAAUGGAGACUACAGCACAAAAACUGGAUUACUCUUGAAAGACACAUAUCAGCCAUUAUUAUCUUCACUGGAAAAUUAUAUUCAAAGUUUAAACUCAACAGGGCCUGAGUCAACUUUACAGAAGUCUGGAACGGACCCAACUCAAAUAUUGUCCCUUUUCACACGCCUUCAGACCACAGCAUGCAUUGCAUUAUCAUGGUGCUAUUCCAAGACCCAUGAGUUCCUUGCUAGUUGGUCGAUUGGUUCGUUCAUUCUUGUCACACAGACAGACUUAAAGAUACUGUCUGAUGAAACAAAGCGUGCUGUAUGUAUAGCCCAGACGUUAUGCACGAACCUAUCAUUGUAUAACUCAUUGCACAAUGCCUAUAUACACUCUGCUCUUACUGAGGUCUAUCAUGAAUUAGAAGAUAUCAAUUCCCAACUCCAGUCCUUAUCUGGUUCGGUAAUGAAACUGUUUUCUGAAAAUUGUGGGAAAAUAUCGAAGCAGUUUUUCCAGAACAAUAUGCCUGGUGGCAAGAUUUGGAGGAGUAAAAGUGUGGGUAGGUUUAAUGAUUACACCAUUGAACAACAGGAUUAUAUUGAACAUGCACUGGAAACAAUACUGGAACCUGUUGUGGAAGGUGUCAGUAAGCUGAGAGUGACGUCCCAACUUAGCGUUAUCUCAAUGGCAACUGUAGCCAUGUGUGAAGCUUGGACUGACUUCAUUUUGAAGGAGAAAAUUAAAUUUAGUUUACAUGGUGCUCACCAACUUGGUGCAGAUUUCAAUUUUGUCCGAACGUGGCUAAGCAGUGCAAUCCGAAACAAUGAAGUCAGACAGAGUAUCACCCAACUCUCUGUUUUCAGCUACUUGAAUGGAAUUGUGCUUUUACUCCAAAGACAACCGAAAAAACGAGCUUCUACUCGCUUCACCGACCCUUGUGCUAAUGAUGAUAUCAGUUCGGAUACUGCUGACAACAAUACAGAGAGUAAUCACCGGGGAGCUAAUUGUGAAAGUUCUACUGAGACAGAAGUGACAAACGAUGAGAAAGACAUAUGUUCCGUAUCAAACACAGAUGACUGGCUUGCACUGAGAGUGUGUGGUGGCUCUCGCAGUUGGAAAUUUCCAUCUUGUUUCAAUAUACAACGUGAAGACACUUAAUCAAUGUUGACAAUAGUAUUUUUACAGCAGGACAAAAUGAAAUAACUUAUUUUAUUAUGUGUAAGAAGAAAAAAAAUGGGGAAAAAAAAAAACGAGUGUUUUUUUCACUUUGUAUAUACUAAUUAUGUAAUAGUGUUGUUUUUAUGGAACUCUUAUUUAUUUCUCUCUCAGAAACCCUAAUUCACUUGUGUGUCAUUUAAAAAAAAAAAAAGUAUUUUUUAUCUAUUAGAGAAUGGAAGCAAGCAGGAUUGAAAAAAUGGGGAACUCCAGACUAAAUGCUUAACAGUAUUUAGUUUUUGUCCCUUUACAAUUGUAAGUUGAAAUCCCACCAGGAUCAACUUUGCCUUUAAAAUAAGUACCAGUUAUUAUACUGGGUGACAUCAAUUGAGUAUAUCCCUCCCCUACAAAUUUGUGGCCUUGUGCCUGUAUAUGAAAUCCUUAUUUUAUAGUUAGAAUGUUCUGAGUUGGCAUAAAUAUUAGAGUACCCAGACUAAAGGCAUUAUACCAUUUACUAUUUUGUUCCUGUGUGCUCUGAGUUGACUUUGCCUUUUAUCUCACUUGGGUUGAUAAAAUAGAUAUUAGUAAAAUAUGUACUGGAAUUUCUUUUGUUGGUUUGACUUAAGCCUUUGCGCCUAAGCAAAAACAAAAAAAAAUUGUGUUCUUUUAGAAUUUUAGCAUUAAAUACCAUAAAAAUUGAUAAACUCCUUGUGAGUGAAAUCCACAACCCAGUUGUAGCUAUUUCAAUUCACUUAUGCUGCUGAUGUUUGAGAAAAGCAUGAACAUCUCUAAGUCUCAUCUCAUCCCUUAUUCCCAAUGAAUCUGAACCCUUGUGCCUAUGUAAGAAAUCAGUAUUUUAUCUUUAGAGAAGUUUUAAAUUAUAUUUUAUUUAUUUAUUUAAAAGUGAAAACCAACACAUUAUGAGGUUGUUGGUGGUGUCACCAUCGGUUACCAGAAAUCUGCUCUGAUUGAACUAAAUGCAUAAUAUAUAAACAAAGGUGUCUGGCAGACAGAUUUAUACAUACUACAUAAUAAUUAUCGUUCACUCAUAAGCCAUCAGCUGUACUCCCUUAAUAACAGGUACUCUACAAGCAGUAUUCUCCUGCCUUUAAAUCUGGUGUUUGAUUUAACCAAACCUCAUAAUGUGAAUUACUUUGUAGCUGUAACCUUCAUGUCUGCUGUUGGAUCUGGUUUCUGUGUUGAAAACAAUGACUAAUUUAAAGUAAAGAUUCCAAUGAUGUAUUAUCAAUUCAUGUCUCUUACAUAGACAGUAUCUUGUUGGCUGCUGUAGUAGCCAUCAUGUAAUAUACAUACAUCUCUCAUUGGUUGUUGUCUUGACUGGUAAUAUAAUAUUUUACAGAUGGUCUCUCAUUGGCUGCAGUGUUGGCAGGUCAUGUACAGAAGUACUCUCUCAUUGGCUUCUGUUUUAGCAGGUCAUAUGACACACUCUAGAAGCUCCCUUGAUGACCAAACAAAUUGGAUGGUACAUAAGUAUUAUAUCAAAUCUUUUGAAUUUUUGAAUCAUUUAAAAAAAAAAUUUCAUUUCACUUACACACACAUUAUUUAUCAACCAAUUGCACAUGCUGUGUAUGUAUGGUGAACAACUGUCCUGUUAUUUGAUUUUUUAUUAAAUCCCUGACUAACCCAUUUACAGUUUAGCAGUGGGUGUUAUGUGAGGGUUGAGGACCGGCUGAGUUGAAGAAGAUAAUGGCUUUUAUCUCGUCAGUGACACUACACUAUAUCCGUAGUUGAAAUGCUUAACUCUCAAUGACUCAGAUCACUUAAAUGAAAAAGGCACUAUAUUGUGGUAUUUAGUUCAUCACUAAAAACAAUGACAACUGGAAUUCAACUCAUUUUUUUAGGAAAGUUAUCUGUGAUAGACUGGCAUCCUCUCCAGAGAGAAGUUUCUCUCUCAAUGUAUAGUAUUACAAAAACUGAAAUUGAGCACUGGUGCAGAGGAAUUUUUGUAAAGAUUAACUGUAAUGAAUAGUGUGAUUUCAAUAUGAAUCAGUUGAUAGGCGCCUAUUGAAAUUUAAAUUAUUAAGUGAUGUAAACAAGUUAUUUUGAAAGAGCUCAUGUCUUUUCAAGUAACACUCUUGAGAGGUGUUUUUUAAAUUAUUUUUUUAUAGUUUAUUAAUAAGGAAAGGCAGCGCCCAUGCAGAGCCUUCGAAAUUGGUGGUAGAAAGAGAGGAGUUAUUCUCAGACUAGAUGAUAACUGGUUAGAAUAUAUGCAACUGGGUGGGCUCUACUAACAGCACCCAUGGACCAGGUGGUGGGUGUUAAACUAGUCAUUAGAUUAAUUCUACCACCGCAAGACCAGUUACAGUCCAUCCACUGGGCUUCCACACAAUUUCCAUCUAUUCAGUUGCACUGCCAAGGCUUGUGUUGAUUCGAGCCUGUGGUAGAAGAUAUUGGAUCCAAAGUGGUGCAGAGUAGGACUGAACCUGGAACCAUGUGAUAGUGAUGCAAAUUUCUUAACCACACGGGUCAUUGAGAAAUACUACUGAAUGGUGCUUACUCAGUAUUGGGCUGUGUCAAUUGAGAAUGAAGUGUCCUUGCCAUAAAUACAUGAUAAUAAUAUCUGUGACGGGAUAUACACUUUCGAGCCUUAGAAACAGUGUCCCUCUUACUGAUGAGGGUGAAUGAGGUAGGACACAACUUUUAAGUAGAUUUUGGUCCAUGGCCCUCUUUUGUUUUGUUUUUUUUAUUUGAUCUGAUCUGAUCUCAUGGUGUGUGUGUGCGUGUGUGUGUGUAUUAGAAUGACUACUUACUGACAGUUUGGAAAUUAAUUUGUUAUGCAACAGCGAAGAAAAGAUUUUUGGGGGUCUGUUCGUCAGUCAUUUACACUUAUUUAUUAUUAGUUUGUUAACCUAUUUAUUAUAAUUUCAGUGUUGAUUUUGGUAAUAAUUUGUAACAACAAAAUCUCCACUGCAGUUGUGCAACACUUUUUAAACAGAGAGGAUGAAUGUUUAAACAGACUGAUUACUGUUAGAUUAUAUUAAUAAAGAUAAUCAUCACACCUCA